AUGGACAAGAGGAGGGAGGAAACAAACGCUCGCGUUGCGGAGUCAGAUGUCGGUCCUACCUAUCCGCAGCAGCAUGAUACGGUGAGACGCAUUGCAGACGAGUUGGGCCUCAACCGCAAACAACGCCUUGCGUUUUUCCUAUUUGGUGCCGCUUGGAUACGAAGAACCGCCUCUCCGACAGCAGAUGCCCUCCGCCUGCACGUAUCGGGAGGAGCCGGGAGCGGUAAUUCUUGCGUUCUGAGAGCUAUCAAGGCUUUGAUAGAUUGCCCGGCGCUCAAAGGUGUUGUCCGGCCUGGCCGUCUCUUGACGCUAGCUUUCCAGGGGAAGCAGGCAGCUUGCGUCGGGGGAAACACCGUCCACUCUGCUACGGACGUUCCCCGCACAGACAAGGGCGGCACCUUGGACAACACCGCCGGUCAGUCGGGGCUGUCAGAUGCCAAAGUGGUCUUCUGGAAAAAUGUUGCCGUCCUCGCUAUCGAAGAGCCGCAUCCGUGAGGCCAUCGUCUACCAGUCUGCCAUACGCCGGGGUCAUACGUGUCACAUUCGGGGAUCUCAACCAGGUACGCCGCCUUUCAUCUCUCUUCUCAUUUUUACCCUUGCGUGCUUGCCCCAUCGUUUACCACAGUUGUUCUUCCUUUGAGUCGAUGUAUUAUUCGUUAUCCUCCCACACUGCUGCCAACAACUGACCCCACGGUUUUUUCCCACUUCCCUCCGAUCAGCUGUCGCCUGUUUGAAAGAAGUCCGUCGCAUACGCAGCAGCAGAUCCAGGGAAGCUCAACAACCUGACCCACA